AUGAUGAUUGCUUCCAAGAAGGUUGGCACCGUGGUGGUGGGAUUGCUAUUGGCUCUUUGUGGUGUCGUUGUGCUGCUAGAAAAAAUGCGAGCGCACACUGAUCAGCUUGCAAAGGAGGCACUCGGACAAUUGCUGAGCCAUCUUGUGGAAAAUUCCGAUGAUUUUGGUGUUGCCGGGGAAAGGCGACUGCAAACGGUCGAUGUUCCCUGUAAUACUCUGAUUGAUACACUGAGCAUAGCUGAUAUCAGAGAAGUGGCCGCUGCACUUUUGCGAGAGAGACUUGCUGCCCCAGAAGCCGUCAUUCUUACCUUGGACACACUUGUGCUGUCCCAGCUGAAGUAUGAUGUUCAACUGUGGAAAGUUUGUGGUCGAUGCUCUGAUUUCGAUGAUGACGCAUUGUAUCCCAAAAAUGUUGGCUGUCGUCCUCAAGAUUAUGGAUUCCAUGCUAUGCACUCGGGUUUGUUGGUGGCACCAUAUGAUGUCACAACUGGAGAGCUUCUACAUUCAACGCUGCCUGUCACUAUAUUGCCGUCAUAUUCAUUUUUUCCUCCCAGUAAUGUUCGCCCCCCUUUGACUACUGUGAACGACCAUCCCGCUAUUGUUGGAAUCAUGCUCAGUUCUGUAUCAAUAAGCUACGCAUUGUUACCGGACGACAUUGGAUGGGUCGAGAGUGGAGAUUACUACAGAGGUUUCAUGCUAAAGCAAUCCAUCAUCACAUCACUUGUACCAUUGAUUUGGCAAUCCGAAGCCAUCGUUUCUGAGCAGUCUGACUGUACUUCAGCAAUGGCAGAUGCUUACUUUAUAACUGGAUACAGUCAAAGUGGCUAUGGUGCUGUGGUUCUUGGAGAUGCUCUGCAUCGCAUGGGCAAGAAUGUGGUGGCUGUUCGCGCGGGAGGGGCGCCGUAUAGAAUGUCGUCUGAAACGGUUAGCCAUUUUAUAGCAAAUGCCCGGAACGAGAAACCACCAUUGACUUAUUAUUUCAUGCCUUUGCUGGCAGCUGGACUUUCCACCACAAACACAGACGCCAAAAACUAUGGAGCAGGUCAAGAUUUGUUAGCUGAUGAAUAUCGAGAUACUUGGAUAGCAGAGGCACAAAGACCGAUGAUGCACGCUGAGGGUGUAAAGCGCAUGAUCCCAGAUGGCGAUCCAUUGAAAAUCUACAACCCGGCAUUUGUCAAUUUGGUCCAACAGGGAAAUGCCAGGAAUGAUACCAACCCAUGUGUGACAAGUGUGACCAAUGAAACAGACAAGCUCUGUGCGGCACUACAAGACCUGGAUCUCAUUGGGGAGGUGGAACGAGCCGAGUACCCUCUUUACUUGUGCCACGCUCGGGGCGAUUACGAUAUCCCAUUUGCAAAUGUGCCGGACGCAUCAAUAAACCCGAACUACGCUGCGUGCGUUCAUGCCAAAUUCGUGGAAGCAUCCUGA